GCAACCGAGCAAAAUAAGUAAAAACCACCACAGAAAGAAAUGUGGAAUUGCUGGUUCUUGUUAUUUAUUUUUUUCCACGUGUAUUUUUACUUUUAUCAUUUUAUAUAUUUGAUCAUUAUUUAUGAUCGUAUGUGCGAAUGAAUGAUUUACAACCUCACACACACACACACACACACACACACACACACACUCCGGAACAGAAGGUGGCGAAAGUGCACCAUUAGGCUGGAUUCCAAAACAACACGAAGAAGACACAGAUUUUUUUAAAAAAGAAGAAGAAAAUAGAAAACGUGCCUAGCUUCGCCUGGCGACGUGGCCCCUCGCCUCUGCCCCUCCCCGCGCACACCUCCGCGUCGCCUCGCUUCCUGUUGUUCGCCUUCUGCUUAGGUGAUACCUGGCGGCACCGUGUCGAGCUGAAAUAUCAAGUUUACGUUGAAUCACGCCUCGUCGGCUUUAAAAAGCGCUCGAAAACGACGGCACUAAGUCAGCGGACCGACAUGGAGAUGUAUGGAAACUCGCACAAAAAGCAGAAGCUGAGCAACGCGCAGCAGAAUUGGGGGGCGCAGCGCGCCACAAAUGUCACUUACCAAGCGCACCACGUCAGCAGGAACAAGCGAGGGCAGGUGGUGGGCACGAGAGGAGGCUUCAGAGGAUGCACCGUGUGGCUCACUGGUCUGUCUGGCGCAGGGAAGACCACGGUGAGCAUGGCCCUGGAGGAGUAUCUGGUCUGCCACGGCAUCCCGUGCUACACGCUGGACGGGGACAACAUCCGGCAGGGCCUGAACAAGAACCUGGGCUUCAGCCCAGAAGACCGCGAGGAGAACAUCCGGCGCAUCGCCGAGGUGGCUCGCCUCUUUGCAGACGCGGGCCUGGUCUGCCUGGCCAGCUUCAUCUCCCCCUAUGGCAGGGAUCGUCUCAAUGCCAGGAAGAUCCACGAAGCGGCGGGGCUGCCUUUCUUCGAGGUGUUUGUGGACGCCCCCCUAGACGUGUGCGAGCAGAGAGAUGUGAAGGGCCUCUACAAGAGAGCAAGAGCGGGCGAAAUAAGAGGCUUCACCGGGAUCGACUCUGAAUAUGAAAAACCCGAGGCCCCCGAGCUGGUGCUGAAGACUGACUCGUGCAGCGUGAACGAGUGCAUCCAGCAGCUGGUUGACCUGCUUCAGGAGAGGGACAUCGUACCGGUGGAUGCUUCCUACGAGGUGAAAGAGUUGUACGUCCAUGAGAACAAACUGGACCUGGCCAAGGCUGAUGCGGAGACGCUGCCUGCUUUUCAAAUUGGAAAGGUGGACAUGCAGUGGGUACAAGUGCUGGCCGAAGGCUGGGCCACGCCACUCAACGGCUUCAUGAGGGAGCGAGAAUAUCUUCAGUGUCUCCACUUUGACUGCCUGCUCGACGGCGGCGUGAUCAACCUGUCAGUGCCGGUGGUGCUGCCGGUGGCUUCGGAGGACAAAGAGCGGCUGGACGGCGUGACGGCGAUGGCGCUGGUGUACGAAGGCAAGCGUGUGGCCGUCCUCCGCAACCCCGAGUUCUACGAGCACCGCAAGGAGGAACGUUGUGCCCGCCAGUGGGGGACCACCUGCAAGAACCAUCCCUACAUCAAGAUGGUCAUGGAGAGUGGAGACUGGCUGGUCGGUGGCGACCUGCAGGUCCUUGACCGGAUCUACUGGAACGAUGGGCUGGACCAAUACCGGCUGACACCCACCGAGCUCAAACAGAAGUUUAAAGAAAUGAAUGCAGAUGCCGUGUUUGCCUUCCAGCUACGCAACCCGGUUCAUAACGGCCACGCCCUCCUGAUGCAGGACACCCACAAGCGCUUGACAGAGCGGGGCUACCGCCGACCCGUCCUCCUGCUGCACCCGCUGGGGGGCUGGACCAAGGACGACGACGUGCCGCUGCCCUGGCGGAUGAGGCAGCACGCCGCCGUGUUGGACGAGGGCGUCCUGAAUCCGGACUCUACCAUCGUCGCCAUCUUCCCAUCACCCAUGAUGUACGGCGGGCCCACCGAGGUGCAGUGGCACUGCCGAGCUCGAAUGGUCGCCGGAGCCAACUUCUACAUAGUGGGCCGCGACCCCGCCGGCAUGCCCCACCCCGACACGGGGAAGGACCUGUACGAGCCUACGCACGGGGCCAAAGUCCUCACCAUGGCCCCCGGCCUCAUCACCCUGGAGAUCGUUCCCUUCAAGGUGGCCGCUUACAACAAAGUGAAAAAAGCCAUGGACUUCUACGAUUCCAAAAACCAUCAAGAUUAUGACUUCAUCUCAGGCACACGCAUGCGCAAGAUGGCCCGCGACGGCGACAACCCCCCGGACGGUUUCAUGGCGCCGAAGGCCUGGGCAGUGCUUAAAGAAUACUACAAAUCCCUGGAGAAAGCAUAGAAAAUAUUAUACUAUGAAAAAAAAAAAAAAAAAAAGGGAACAAUGCUUUCUUAAUAUUGUCAUUUUAACAGGAUGAUGUUGGGACCGUUCUGUCAUUCAGCACCGCACAUGCUGUAUGUACUGUAUUUGAUUUUAGGACGUAGUUUACUGAUGACCUGCUGCACAAGAGAUGGUUGGGGUUAGAUUAUUUCGGUCAAGAUCGCUAUAACGUGCCUUUGGUUGUCCUCAUCAGAAUCACAAUCAUGAAAAUGUAGCAGAAUAAAUUAACUCUGAGGUGGCAAAACAUUUGCGCAUAUUCCGGUACAAUAAGGCCCUUUUUGGUAGUCAUGUGACCUACGCAUUGCCCCACUAGUACACAUCAGAAAAAGUUGUAGGGUGGGGAUCAUCUCUUCUAAUUGGUCUGUUUUAGUCACGUAAUUGAUGUACUCGCCGUUCCUCCACAUGCCACCUACGUCGCCUCCUUCUCGAUCGAAAACGAAAGUUAUCGUCUGAUCGUUUAGGUCCAUUUGUUCAAGCAGACGCUAUUCCACGGUCGCCGUUGUUGUUUUGGUCCUUGUUAGGGAAAGUAAAAAUGGCGACCGGAAAUGACCAAAAUGUGCUGAGGAAACACCACCAUGAGGGGUCGUAGCCAAUAGAGCUCAUGCACCUACGUCACCGGCCGGAAGUGCCGGUCACACAAAGCAUCGUUCAAUGCUAAGUCCGUUGCGACGAAACGACAGUAUGUCUUAUUGCACGACGGCCAGAGUUUUGUCUGAUACCGUUAAACAUUUAGAAGGUGAUAAUAAACAAAGGUACGUGGAAAAAUGAGAGACACUUGGCAUAGAGGACCCCUAUUUAAUGACAAAGUCGGUGUUUUCGCCGAUAAAGUGGACUGUUAAUUCGCUUCCGCUUGUCUUGCACAACUGGAUCUACACACGGAUCUGGUGAGUAAGUCGUCGAGAUUUACACGGAAAAGUUUGAAAGCUUAUAAAAAUCUGGACGUAUACAAAUACUUCAUUGCUGGAUCUGUUCUCAAUCAGGAACAAAUCCCACAUCGUGACGGGGAGACGGCUCGUAAACCCGGAAGCGUAUUCGGCUACAAGUUAACCUUUUGCCGGAAUCCAUCGAUCUUUUCAGCUAGUAUUCAAUACAAAUGCCAAUAUUUAAAUAAAUGACCCCUGGUUUUAAACAAACGAGCAUUCAUUAACUACGAGUGAGAGAAAAAAAAAACAGGACGGGGAGUCGACUCCUCGGUACACGGAAGCGUAUUGGAGCCACACGUACACACACACCUCAACCUCUCUGCGACAGAUUUUUUUUUUUGUUAAAUACGCAUUGUUCUCAAAUGAGCCAAUUUAGCAUUAUAAAUACUUGAUAAUUCAAGAUUGAGAAGAAUAAUUCCUACCUGAAAUGAAGCGAUCCCUACGCAGGCGCAUGUGUAUUUUGGUUGGGCAUCCCGUUUAAUUGCCGAAAUCAAUCAAUCUUUUCUGGUCUUUUCAGCUGGUAUUCCAUAGAAUGAUCUCUUUGAAUAUCUGUCUCACAAAAGAGACGCCUCUGAUUUGGACAAUAACCGCAGCAUAUUUUCAAAACAUAGUAUAAAUGAGCAUAAAGGCAAACUGUGCGGGGAGGGCCUUCAGGUCUUUCCUUCGUUUUCUACAUGAAUUUUGUUUUCAUUGGAUGUAUGUGAUUUGGUCCCACACUGCUAACUUUGUGUGUGUAAGGUACAUUGUUUAAAUGUUUUAUUGUCAAUAUUCUAUUUUUGUGACCAUAUUGAACAUUUUGUACAUCCCUGCAAUUACCGUCCAUUCUGUCAUUAUGGCGUAGCUGCCCCCUCCCCCCCAUUAUGAAAUCCUGCUUUCAUUUACAUUACAACCAGUAUUUCAUCUUUAAUGGUGGCGAGUUGCAGAGUAAAUGUUUACAUAUUUUGUUUUUGUAAUUUUCCUGUGGCUGGGUGUCCCACCGUGUCAAAGUGAAAUAUCAGCUGAUAGCUUUCAGAGUCUUAAAACUGUUCAGAGUACGCUCGCCUACUGAAUCGUGUCGCUAAGUUGAGCGCCACCAUAUGCUUAUGAAAUGCUGACAUUAGCCAAAAAUGUCCACUCUGUCAGCAAGCUAACAUAUUGUAGUGCUCUUUGCAUGUAGUCUGCUUGUAGUUAAUUUAUGUAUGCAUAUUAAAACGAAACAAAAGGGGUAACUUGAUAAUUUCUGACAGUAUAUCACAUUUACUUAAGAGAAUGAAAAUGGAAAAAAAUCGACUAUUUUUGGUGAAAUGGGGACGUCUCAAAGGCACUUUAUAGUGAUAUCGAUGCACGUAUGAUGUUAGUUACUGUUGCGUUCAUCAGGGGCCACGUCGCAGUUUUAAUUGUUCUCAGAGGAACAGCCAUGAUUGAAAGAAACCAUUCAGAAGAACAAAAAAAAAAAAAAAAAACAACUCACACGCUUUGUCAAAGCUGAUUUCGUCUUGAAGCCACAUUUCUUUGUCAUUCGCAUUCAUUCCUGGUUUUGGUCAGCCACAUUAAGUUAUGUUGCGUUGUCUAAAUUGGAUGUGAGUUUGAAAACCGGGGGGAUUUGGGGGUAGGUUUUAAGAUGGGGUUUUAGUGUUCAAGGUUAUAACUUUGCGGGUAGGAUUGGUAGAUUAGUUUUAGGGGGUUGGUUACAGUUAUGUCGGCGUUUUUAAUGUUAGGAAGUUCGAUGGAAGCUCCAUCUUAGGUUGUUAUCGGGGAGGUACCCAAGGUCUCUCGAAGUAUAUCUGUCAUCAUCUUGGGUAUUCAUCGGAAAUGUUGAGUGCCUUGGUCAAACUCUGGUCUUGACGAAAAGAAAAUGAAAUCAGGGUUCGCCCAACCCUGGAUCAUAUUAAAAUUAAGUUUAAUAAGAAUCCUCUGUCAUCACUUUUUAUGUUUUCACGUGUAUUUAUUCCUCUAACAAGACAGUCUCAAGCACAUUUUGCAUGUCAUAGUGUGUUGUGCUGCUACAGAAUUGUACUAUGUUACAUCCCAUCGAAGGUUGCUAAUUUGUUCCAUGCGGCAUUUCGUCGACGGCACACUUAAUCGGCUGCUUCUCGUUCACCAGCACAGGAUACCCUUUCUAAAUUUCCUUGUCGAAUAAAGAAUUU